UCAGGCUCUCCUCCUCAGCGCUGCUGUUUCUGUCAAACUGAAUCUGCUCUCAGUCAUUGACGCGCGCAGCUCGGCAUUUCUCUCCAUCACCGCGGGUUUCCUCCUCCAUGGCCGCAUCAGAUGGACCAGAGGACUGCGUCGUGCAGAGAGGAAGAUCUCAGAGCGACCCGAGCAUCCUCACCGAGACUCGUGUCGUGCCAGAUGUGAUGGAUCAGCACAGAGCGCUUCAUUCUGGAUGUCUGGUGUCCGGGGUCCGAACGCCGCCCAUCCGCCGCAACAGUAAGCUGGCCAGCCUGGGGCGCAUCUUCAAACCCUGGAAGUGGAGGAAAAAGAAAAACGAGAAGCUCAGGCAGGGCUCUACGGCGCUGGAGAGGAAAGUGUCCAGCAGGCAGAAUCACGAGGAUCCUGUUAGGAAAGGCCUGGCGGAGGCUGGCAUGGUGUGUUCAGACUCUGCGGUGGCCUGCGGAGGGAGCGCAGAUGAGCCGGGAAACCCAGUAAUGGAGGACUCAGAUGGGGACGAGCCGGAGGAUGAGCCCAUGGCACCGCUGGCCUCCACCACAGAGGAUCUGGGAUCUGAUGAGGACAAUCUGUCUACAGUACGAGAUGCAGCGGAGAUGACGGAAACAGAGGCAGACCUCGGGCACAGCGAGGAUGAAGACGGCUCCGCUGCGGAUGCUGUCGGGCCCUUGGAGGCACCUGAGAGCCCUGAGGAGAAACACGAGGAGCCGGCGCCCAGAGAAACGCACACUCCUCCAGCCAAACUCCCUGUGAAGCUGCUCACACGCCUGGGCAGUCUGGACGGUCAGUGUCAGGUCAUCACACGAACUCACUCUCAUCAGAGCCGUCCCGCUCCAGCCACCCUGCCCAGGAACUUCACCCUCCCUAAAGACGCCCUGCGGGGCCGGAUCUCCACCCCGACUGGCUCUCCUCAUCUGGGGCUCCUGCACCCUCAGCUGCCCCCUAGCUGCAUCAUAGAGGAGCUGCACCGCGCGCUGGCCACCAAACACCGGCAGGACAGUUUUCACAGUAAGGAGAUCCGCAGUUCCCCGAAGCGGCGCUCGGACAGUCGUCUGCCCCGCGUGGCCAGCACUGAGAAUGAGCAGAGCGGAGAAGCGGAAAACAAGAAAGAGGCUGAAGAAAACAAGGAGAACAUGCGUCUGGAUGAGAUCUACAGCGACCAGGACAGCUGGAACGAGUCCGUCAUCUCUGGAACUCUUCCACGGCGGAUAAGAAAAGAGCUUCUGGCGGUAAAGCUGCGUAACCGGCCCAGUAAACAGGAGCUGGAGGACAGAAACAUCUUCCCUGUGCGCAGCGAUCAGGAGCGGCAGGAGAUCCGCCAGCAGAUCGAGAUGAAGCUCGCCAAGAGAUUGAGCCAGAGACCGGCGGUGGAGGAGCUGGAGAGCAGAAACAUCCUCAAACAGAGGAAUGACCAGACAGAACAAGAGGAGAGACGGGAAAUCAAGCAAAGGCUAAACAGAAAGCUCAACCAGCGGCCGACUGUUGACGAGCUGCGGGACAGAAAGAUUCUGAUCCGCUUCAGUGACUAUGUGGAAGUGGCCAAAGCUCAGGAUUAUGACAGGAGAGCAGACAAACCCUGGACCAGACUCUCAGCUUCUGAUAAGGCGGCGAUACGCAAAGAGCUGAACGAGUUCAAGAGCAACGAGAUGGAGGUUCAUGCAUCAAGCAAACACCUCACAAGGUUCCACCGACCAUAGCAAGGUUUCUUCCGUGAAGAAGAUGCUAACGGUAUCUCUGUGAAGUCUGAGACCUCAGGAGGCUCUCCAUGGAGGGCCUGAUAUUUGGGCGCUAGUGAACCUUGGAGACCGUGUCUCUGGAGCUUCAGCCUGAAGAAGCCAAAACCCUCCAAUCGCCACUCAGUAGAUCAUUCAUGGUUUUUCAGGAGACUCUGGUGGGACGCUGGAAGACUGUUUGGAUAAAAAGACACUGACUUUUUCUUCUUCUUCUUUUUGUAAUGGACUGUUUUAAGCGGUCGCCUUUUGAUGCCAGUUGGGGUGGGCGGGGUUUUGAGGAUGUGGGCGGGGUUUUGGGGAUCAAGCAUGUGACUCAUUGGAACCGUUUGUUUGUUUGUUUGUUUGUUUUCCCACACCAGUGUUGGUGCUGUAGUGACACCCCAAACGUUUCUGGGCUCCUACUAAAACUUGAGUUUCAUAUCAGCUGUAUAGAUGUUAGUUUGAGGAACGGAAAUCAUGUCUUACCUUUGCAACGACUAUUUAUUGUCUGUACAGAACAAGCUUUGGAUUUUUAACAAA